GUACCAUGUCCAGGCCACCACGUUCAACCACCUCCGUGACCUCGCCAUCUCCCAGCGCAGGCCCGACCCGUUCCUCGGCUUCACGCCCAUGGUAUGGCACAGACGCUCUGGCAACCUAGUUGUUAUUGCAGCGUAUCUGGAACCCCACAGGCAGAUCGAGGGUGCAGUGCACGAUAAGCUACUUUCGCUGGGAGCCUUCGUUACUAUGCUCACGGACCCUUGGAUCAUCCUGGCCGAUUGGAAUAUGGCACCUGAGCAGCUCGCAGCGACAGAGUGGCUCGCCAAAUGGAAUGCUACCAUCGUGCGAGCACCUGGAUCCGCCACGUGCGACAAGGGCCAGGGACUCACGCUUGAUUUCGCAUUGGUCAAGACUGGCAUCGAGCACACAAUCUCCAUUCGCCAGUGCCCCACCGAACCUAUCCCUUAUGCUAUCCCGAUGGACUUGUGGGAAGAACAAUGGCAGGAAGCGGUACCCACACGUUGUAAGCAGCCUCACGCGCACUUCGCGUACAGACACUGGGUGCACGACGCCGACGACCUCAACCUCAAGUACGCCAAAUGGGUCACGGCGCUCGAGAACACCAUGAUCAGCCACCACCAGAUCGACUCGAAGGAAGCCGCAGCAUACACAGGCCGAGCCCAAGGCUACCAGUUAUCUUGGAAGAAGACAGCCGCCGCCCCAGGCCGCGUACACGUACACGACCCUCAGUCGGAAUGGUGGGCAAUCACGCUCACCCUCAUCAAGCGCUACGCUGCGCUUCACGACAAGCCCAAGCACACAGCGCUCAUGCAGCAGCAGGCCUCCAUCAUCCAGCAGCGCGCGGACCACUUCAACACUCACAUGCACUACCUCCAGUUCGAGAAGGAUGAGGACACCAUCUUCCGCUGGUUUGCACUCGUCUGGGCCCCGCACUUGGACAAGGAUGACACCGACGACUUGGUCGCCAUUACCGCUACCUGGGCCUCCAGGGCUCUCUCAGCCGCCCUCGCCAAGUCCAAGAGGGCCUACGGG